CUUACCUGAAAUAUCUAAAUAAACAUGUCAGUCAUCUCUAGUCAAUACUCUAAUCUCCAUGGUUGUAAACUCACGUGGCAAGUUAACUAUUUCUCUGUGUUGUUAAUAAUUUGCUACUGUAAUUUUUAUAAAACACCUGAGUAUUAUUAUACCUCAAAGUUUAUCUAAUAAUAAUUAAACGAUAACAGUUAUUUAAAUUGAAAAAAAAAAAUUAACAAGUAAACAACAAAAAUGGUCAAGAUAAUAUCAGUCAGUCCAGCUGAGUAUAAACUCAUAAAAAUGAGAGUAGUUUAUGGUGUCCAUCCAACAAUAUUUGGCUAUUGUUUAAUUGGUAUUAAAAUACCAGAAAAUGCAGUGUGUUAUUUGCAUUUUUUCAAUAGAAAAAGUGAUAUAAAUAUAAAAGAUUUGAAAUAUCAAUGGCGAAAUGCUAAAUUCAGUAAAGAUCGUAGUCUAACUAAAAAAAUUAUUGAUCAAAUACUUGAAAGAAGAAAUAAUAAUAACAAUGAUGAUAGUGAUAUUAGUGUAUAUCUAGUUGGUACAGAUUUUCAAUUAAAAAUAUGGGAAGAAUUAAUGAAUAUUCCAAUUGGUGAAACUGUGACUUAUCAUCGUAUUGCAAAAGCUGUUGAUUGUCCAAGGGAAAUUAUUAAAACAGCAAAAGUCAUACAAUCAAAUCACAUUGGUUAUCUUAUUCCUUGUCAUAGAACAGUCAGCAAAGGAUCAAGAACAAUAACAUCAUGUUGGAAAGAUGAUAGUUUAACAACAUUAUUAAAAUAUGAAAGUCAAUUUGUUGAACAUUAAUAUGAAUUAUCAUCAUCAUUAUUUAUUUAAUCAUCAUUUUUUUGAUCAUUUAUUAAUGAUGAAAUUGUUUGUAAAAUAUUUAAUACAUAAUUACCAUCAACGACAAAAUUUUCAAGGCUGAAUUACAUUAUUUAAUUUUUGAGAUAAUUUGUAAUUAUUUGGACAGUGUUUUGUCAAGACAAUAAAAUAUUUCUUUUGUUUAAAAUAAUAAUAAGAGAAAUUUUUUUGGCUAAAAAAUAUUCAAUUAAUUCAUCAUCAUGAUUAAGAAACUGACUGAAAAAUUAUCAACAGAAUAUCGCUGGACGACUGACAAACAUUUGUCCAUCAUAAAUAAUCGACAAAUAACAUUUUUUUUUUGUAUAAUAAUUAUCAUUGGAAAUAAAUAUAAUACUCUUGAAUUUUGAUUAUAAAAAAAUUAUCUUUGUGUUUUUAUUUAUUUAUUAUUUUAUUGAUUACAAAAUCUUCUUAAUGUAAAACUUUUUUUUUUUUCUCUUAUAUUUGUCAAUGGAAAAAUUGUUGCACCUUAUGACAAAUCUCCUUUACAAUCACAAUAUAUAUAUUUUUUUAUUUUUAUAAACUAAAGUAUAGAUUAACAAGUUUACAUAUAUUUACAUUUGAAAAAAAAAAAAAAAUAAUAUUAUCAUCAACAAUUACAGAUAUUUAUCAACAUUUUUUUGUCUGCAAUUGUUAUUUUUUUUUUUUUUUUAAGCUCUGUACAUUAAGUUUUGUUUUCCAACAUGAAAAAAAAAAGAUGAAAACUAUUUAAUAUUAUCAAAAAUCAAAAUGAUAAACAUAAAUAAAUAAAACAUGUUUCAUUUUUUCUUUUUUUUUUGUAAAUUGAAAUUGAUAUAACAAUUUAUCAAAUAACUUGGCAAGUAAUAAAACUUGUGUUGAAUUAUAAUUAUCAAUAAUAAUUCCUUCUUUCAUCAAUCAUCAUAUAAAAAUCUCAUUAUAUAAAUAGCAUGUUGUCUCGGUUUGAUAGAGUAACAUGUGCCUUAUUAAACUGCAUUAUUAAAUUUUAAAUUAAAUAAAUAAUAAUGACUUGGCGAUUCUCGCUAAGAUGUCGUCCUGGCUUAUAAAAUUUAUUAUCGUUUUUUUUUUUUUUUCUUUUAACUAAAUUAAAAUCAUGAAUAUCAUUCUUCUUUUUGGUAUUUGUUAUUCAUGAAUUGUCUUGAUAAUUCCAAUGCAAAUGAGCGUCGUGAUAAGUAUAGUGUGGAACCUGUGAAUUUUCAUUUUACUGGCAGUUGAUGGAGCACCUCUUGAUGGUGUUUUUGUA